AUGUCGGAAGAACGGAAGAUUAUGCUCAACACGCCUCCUGAAAAGCUUAGUCUCGACGACUCGAAUUUCUUCAACAAUAGGAUGAACGAUUAUCGUGAAGAAAUGGGAUUGAUAGACGCUAUUCACGAGGAAGCUUCCGACUUGGACACCACUGUUCUUCAUGAAGCCGGUCCUGCCGGCCGUAAUGUCCUCGAUCAUCUGGCCGAGUUCAACCGAAAACUGGAGAGCGUCGAGAAGUCCUCCAAAAGAAUUUCACUAAUUUCGAACCUUUCCCUGCUCAUUUCUCUUUCAACUCUUGCUUUCUUCGUCUACAAACAACAACACCCAUGA